GCUGCAGUUGUUUUCCGGAAUGCUUACCGGUGCGAUCUUGGUGAAAUGGCAGAGGUCGGUCAGCGGCUGGGGAUCGCGGCCUGUCGUCUCUCGGCUCUCAGAAACAGACAUGGACGACCGGUGUGCGCUGGAGAAAGUCCCGAACCCCUGCUAGUUAACUGCACCUUCACUGAGAGUCGGAGAAGAGAUGAAACCACAAAGGAUCCACGUCGGCCCGUGGCAAAAAGAAGAGCAACACAACGCAACUCAGCAAAACUUCCCAGAGUGGGAGCAAGUGAAAGUCAACAGGCAAAUGGGACUUUAUGUUGUGCCGUUUCUUUGGAGUUGGAUCCAUCCCGUUUUAUUGGCUUUGUUCAAACCAGAGAAAGCCUGCAAGCUUAUAAAACAGCCCUGUACCUCUCUGCAAGAUUGCAGCCUAUGCUCCAGGAGAAGCUGCUGCCUGGCAGGAUGACGUCCUGGACCAGAAGAGCUGUUUCCAUCCACCCUGACAACAACUUCAGCUGCCCUCAGCAGGUCAGAGCUUUCUGUACAGUCGUCUUCUUUCUGGCAGAGCAGGACUCAGAGAGACCAGGUCCUGGACUGAGACAGAGGUGUCUGAAACUGCAUCACGAUUCUCUGCAAAUAGCUACAACUAGUAGAAGCUACAGCUGGAGGAGUGACAGCAGCUCAAAAGAGGCUCCUCCACUGUACAGAAGCAGGACGGCCUAUUAUGACAUCCUCAGAGUGUCACCCAGUGCCACACAGUCCCAGAUCAAGACGGCCUACUAUAAACAGUCCUUCAUCUACCACCCUGACAAGAACCCGGGUAAUGAGGAGGCCACCAAGUGCUUCUCUGAGAUCAGCGAGGCCUACACAGUGCUGGGAAAUAUCAGCCUGAGGAGGAAGUACGACCACGGCAUUCUGAGCCAGUCAGAUUUUCAAAGUGCAGGGAGACCAUCCUCCAAAGAGACCACGAGCAGAUCUACAGGCUCCCCGCAGCAGAAGUAUCAACAGAGAGUCAGGCAGUUCUCCCAAACUGGGGGGAAGACCAUGUUUGAUUUUGAUGCCUUUUAUCAGGCUCACUACGGUGAGCAGCUGCGGAGGGAGAGAAACCUGAGAGCCUGGAGGCAGUACAUGCAGGAGCAGAAGGAGAAAGAUGCUAAAAAGUGGAAGCAUGCUAAAAUGUUAGAGAUGGCUGUAGUGAUGCUGCUGUCCAUGGCAGGCCUAAUUUUUUUUGGUCUCAAUAAGCCCUGAAAUAUAAAGAAGCCACCGGACAUGUCACCAUAAGCUUCCAGGUGUUGCACAAUUUCUGACAGUUAAAUUUAUUGUUAUGGUGGCCUCACAGAAAGAGGGUUCCAGGUUCGAAUCCCAGUCUGGGCCCUUCUGUGUGGAGUUUGCAUGUUCUCCCUGUGCCUGUGUAGGUUUUCUCUGGGUACUCUGGCUUCCU